GCAGCAAAAGUUCCGCGUUGUUUUUGUUUGUAAACAUCUUUGAGCCGUUUUCUCACUGUCGCUGAUGUAAUUCUUAUUAAAAUUUCGUUCUGCAUUAAUAUAAUAAAUUAUUCAAUAACUAUAUUGGUUUUAUGCUAUUUGUAAAAUUAUGGCUAGUGCUAUGAUGGUACAAAACAUUUCUUUACCCGGAGAAAUUAAUCGGAACUUCUCAUUAGAUUGGUCCAGUGACAAUAAGAUAGCUUUGUGUACAGCAAAAGCAAUUUACAUAUUGACUUCCCACAGCAGCCCAGUUGAAAGUGGUUUUCCUUCUCCCCUUCACAAGCAAGUCAUCUUAGUAUCAAAGGAAUCACUUGUUUUAAAGGAUGUCACACUUCCUCCCAAUCCAUUCCGAUGUGUCAGGACAAUGAGAGAUAGAGAAAACCUGCACAAUAUCCUAAUGGACACUACAAUGUAUCCUAAACCACCAGAAAGAGCUGAACCAUUUAGAAGCUUUCGUUGUUGCAGGUGGUCCCCAAGAGGAGCUGCGAAGAAUAAUAGGUGUUUAUUAGCUACUUUGACUAUGGAUCACAGACUUGAGCUUUAUGAAGAGAUAGACAAAGAAUGGAAAGUAAUUUGUGACAUAACUGAAAUAAUAAAGAGGAAUAAUAGUCCAGUUUCUGAAGAAAGAAAAAAUGAAGAAAAAUCACCAAAAAAGGGUAAAAGAACAAAACAUUUUAAACGAACUCCCAGAACGAAAAGAAAGCAUCGUGAUAGCUCUGAGGAGGAUUAUGAACCUACUAUAAAAGAAGACUCUGGAUACUCUAAUUCUUCUCUUAAAACUCUUAAUAUUUCCGACACAUCAACCAUCGAUGCACUUAGAGAAGAGAUUUUUAGAAUGGCUCCUAUUGAAAUGAUAUGGACUGGUAUGUUUGGGUUGCCAUCUUCUAAUCUUAGCGACUGCAGUGAAUACUGUUACCUUAUCGUAGCUACGAGAAGUGGACACAUUCAGUUUUGGAGAGUAUCGCCUAAUGAUGGAAGAGUAGUUACUGUAGCUCAUGAGUGGGACACUGGUUUAGGACAAAUAACGACUAUUUGUUGGCAGCAGACAAGUCCCACUGGAGAAAGUUGUCACCUAAGCUUUAAUACCAUUUAUGCUACUAAGCAGUGUUGGCUACAUUUAAAAAAUGACUUGAAAGAAACUGUGAAAGAAAGCAAAACUGUGAAAGAAAGCAAGUUAUGUGGUUUUAUUAUGUGUGGAAGUUUGAAAGGAAUAUUAGCUUUCAUACCCGUGAGUGUUCGGUUUGAUGAGAACCAAGAGCCAAAGAUUACACUCAAACAAAUGUGCAAAGUUUAA